AUGGCCUCCGAGGGCUCGCCGCCGGCCCCCGCGCCGCCGCCGCCGCCGCUCCCGCCGCUGCUGCUGGCGCUGCUGCUCGGCCUCGGCGCGCUGGCGCUGGCGCGCGGGGGCUGGCCGGCCGGCUGGCCGCGCCGCUGCCCGCGCCUGCCGCCGGGCCCCGCGCCCUGGCCCGUGGUGGGCAACCUGGGCUUCGUGCUGCUGCCGGCCUUCCUGCGCGGGGGCGGCGCGCGGGCGCAGCCGGCGCGGGGCCCGCAGCUCGUGCUGGCCGACCUGGCGCGCGCCUACGGCAGCGUGUGCAGCUUCUUCCUGGGCCGCUACCUGGUGGUGGUGCUCAGCGACUUCCGCAGCGUGCGCCAGGCCCUGGUGCGCCAGGCGCGCGUCUUCAGCGACCGGCCGCGCGUGCCGCUCGUCUCGCUGCUCACCAAGGAGAAGGGUAUCGUGUUUGCCCACUAUGGGCCAGUGUGGCGGCAGCAGAGGAAGUUCUCCCAUGCCACCCUCCGUCACUUCGGCUUGGGGAAGCUCAGCCUGGAGCCCCGGAUCAUCAAGGAGUCCCAGUAUAUGCGUGAGGAGAUGGGCAGGCAGGGCGGUGCCGCCUUCUGCCCCUUCGCGCUGGUCAACAGUGCUGUCUCCAACAUCAUCUGCUCCCUGUGUUUUGGCCAGCGCUUCCCCAACACCGACAGCGAGUUCCAGAGGAUGCUGCAGCUUAUGACGCGCUCCCUGGAGAUCUGCCUCAACACGCAGGUCCUGCUUGUCAACAUCUGCUCCUGGCUCUACUACCUGCCCUUCGGGCCCUUCAAGGAGCUCCGGCAGAUUGAGAGGGACAUCACGGCCUUCCUGAAGCGCAUCAUCCAGGACCACCGGGCAUCGCUGGAUGCUGAGCACCCACGGGACUUCAUCGACAUGUAUCUGGUGCAGAUGGAGGAGGAGCUGAGGAAGGGCGGUGCCAGCAGCUUCGAUGAGGAGUACCUCUUCUACAUCGUCGGGGACCUCUUCUUCGCCGGCACGGACACCACCACCAACUCCCUGCUAUGGUGCCUGCUCUAUAUGUCGCUGAACCCUGAUGUGCAGGCAAAAGUGCAAGAGGAGAUUGACCGUGUGGUGGGGCGGGACCGCGCACCUUCCCUGCGGGACAAGGCCCAGAUGCCAUACACGGAAGCAGCCAUCAUGGAGGUUCAGCGCCUCACAGCUGUGGUGCCUCUCGCCAUCCCCCACAUGACUUCAGAGGCCACAGAGCUGCAGGGCUACAACAUCCCUAAGGGCACACUAGUCCUGCCCAACCUGUGGUCGGUGCACAGAGACCCUGCCGUCUGGGACGAGCCUGACCGAUUCGACCCCACUCGGUUUCUGGACGACCAAGGACAGCUGCUCAAAAAAGAAACCUUCAUUCCUUUUGGAAUUGGGAAGCGGGUGUGCAUGGGCGAGCAGCUGGCCAAGAUGGAGCUGUUCCUGAUGUUCGUGAGUCUUCUGCAGGGCUUCACCUUUGCUCUACCAGACGGUGCCAAGAAGCCAAAUCUGGCAGGGAAAUAUGGCCUCACGCUGGCGCCACACCCGUUUAAGGUGAUUGCCUCGAAGAGAUGAGGCAUGAGGGUCCAGUGUGAUGAGU